AUGCAGAUCUUCGUUAAGACCCUGACCGGCAAGACUAUCACCCUGGAGGUGGAGUCUUCCGACACCAUCGAGAACGUGAAGAGCAAGAUCCAGGACAAGGAGGGCAUCCCUCCUGACCAGCAGCGCCUGAUCUUUGCUGGCAAGCAGCUUGAGGAUGGCCGUACCCUGGCUGACUACAACAUCCAGAAGGAGUCCACCCUGCACUUGGUGCUGCGUCUGCGUGGAGGCAUGCAGAUCUUUGUCAAGACCCUGACCGGCAAGACCAUCACCCUGGAGGUGGAGUCUUCUGACACCAUUGAGAAUGUGAAGAGCAAGAUUCAGGACAAGGAGGGAAUCCCCCCGGACCAGCAGCGCCUUAUCUUUGCCGGCAAGCAGCUUGAGGAUGGCCGCACCCUGGCUGACUACAACAUUCAGAAAGAGUCGACCCUUCACUUGGUGCUUCGCCUGCGUGGAGGCAUGCAGAUCUUUGUCAAGACCCUGACCGGCAAGACCAUCACUCUUGAGGUGGAGUCUUCUGACACCAUCGAGAACGUGAAGAGCAAGAUUCAGGACAAGGAGGGAAUCCCCCCGGACCAGCAGCGCCUUAUCUUUGCCGGCAAGCAGCUUGAGGAUGGCCGCACCCUGGCUGACUACAACAUCCAGAAAGAGUCGACCCUUCACUUGGUGCUUCGCCUGCGUGGAGGCAUGCAGAUCUUUGUCAAGACCCUGACCGGCAAGACCAUCACUCUUGAGGUGGAGUCUUCUGACACCAUCGAGAACGUGAAGAGCAAGAUCCAGGACAAGGAGGGAAUCCCCCCGGACCAGCAGCGCCUUAUCUUUGCCGGCAAGCAGCUUGAGGAUGGCCGCACCCUGGCUGACUACAACAUCCAGAAGGAGUCCACCCUUCACUUGGUGCUCCGCCUGCGUGGAGGCAUGCAGAUCUUCGUCAAGACCCUGACCGGCAAGACCAUCACUCUUGAGGUGGAGUCUUCUGACACCAUUGAGAACGUGAAGAGCAAGAUUCAGGACAAGGAGGGAAUUCCUCCUGACCAGCAGCGCCUGAUCUUUGCCGGCAAGCAGCUUGAGGAUGGCCGCACCCUGGCUGACUACAACAUCCAGAAGGAGUCCACCCUUCACUUGGUGCUGCGUCUGCGUGGAGGCAUGCAGAUCUUUGUCAAGACCCUGACCGGCAAGACCAUCACCCUGGAGGUGGAGUCUUCUGACACCAUUGAGAACGUGAAAAGCAAGAUCCAGGACAAGGAGGGAAUCCCCCCGGACCAGCAGCGCCUGAUCUUUGCCGGCAAACAGCUCGAGGACGGCCGCACUCUGGCUGACUACAACAUCCAGAAGGAGUCCACCCUGCACUUGGUACUGCGUCUACGUGGAGGCAACUGA